AAUCCAUAUGCAAAGACUACCUUCAAUCCAGCUUCCAACCCACUGAGACAUGGAGAGGAAAGUCCCGUCCCGAGAGAGCCCCAGAAGACUCUCCGCCAAGCCAGGCCGAGGCACAGAGAUGAAAAAAGUGGCCCGACCUCUUGGUGUGCUGGCUGCUGACUCAGACAAGGACUCUGGCUUUUCAGAUGGGAGCUCAGAAUGUUUGAGCUCCGCAGAGCAGAUGGAGUCAGAGGACAUGCUGAGCACCUUGGGCUGGAGCAGAGAAGACAGGCUGAGACAGAACCCCAAAGCUGCAAGCAGUGCCUUCCCUGCGCUGUCCCCUAUGGUCGUCAUGAAGAAUGUGCUGGUCAAGCAGGGCAGCAGCUCCUCCCAGCUCCAGUCAUGGACUGUCCAGCCCUCCUUUGAAGUGAUCUCAGCACAACCACAACUCUUUGUUCUUCAUCCACCUGUGCCAUCUCCUGUCAGCCCAUGCCAUACUGCUGAGAAAAAGUCAGAUUCCAGAAACUACUUGCCCAUUCUAAAUUCUUAUACCAAAAUAGCCCCCCACCCAGGCAAAAGGGGCCUCUCCGUCAGCUCAGAAGAAAGAGGAACAAGUGGGGUACCGAAGAAACUCUGCACAGAGAGACUGGGGCCAGGCCUGUCUUCCAGUGAGCCGGCCAAGACUGGCCCUGUGCUAUCCAGUCCUUCUACUCCAGCCCCACCCAGCUCCAAGCUUACGGAGGACUCAGCUCUGCAAGGAGUGCCCUCCCUGGGGGCUGGUGGAAGUCCACAGACUCUUCAGCCUGUGUCCAGCAGUCAUGUGGCUAAAGCUCCCAGUCUGACCUUUGCAUCGCCUGCCAGUCCUGUGUGUGCCUCAGACAGCACUCUGCAUGGCUUAGAGAGCAGCUCCCCUCUUUCACCACUGUCAGCCAGUUACAGUUCACCGUUGUGGGCCGCAGAGCACCUCUGCCGCAGCCCAGACAUCUUUUCAGAGCAGCGGCAGAACAAGAACAGGCGCUUUCAGAAUACCUUAGUGGUGCUCCACAAGUCCGGUUUGCUGGAAAUCACUUUGAAAACCAAGGAGUUGAUUCGUCAGAACCAAGCAACUCAGGUGGAACUAGACCAGCUGAAGGAGCAAACCCAGAUGUUUAUAGAGGCCACCAAGAGCAGGGCUCCUCAGGCGUGGGCCAAGUUGCAGGCAUCACUAACAUCUGGGUCCAGCCUUUCAGGCAGUGACCUAGACACGUCUGAUCCCCCAGACAUAUAGCACAGGCAUUUUUCAGUCCUUUGAGUGGUUCUUUUACCUUUUUUGCUAUUUCUACCUACACUUGUUUUCCACAGCCUAUUUAAGAGCUUUUCUUUCUAAACUCACAAAGCCACGUGCAGUCCCUGGCUGCUGUCUAAUCUGUGGUUGAUGCACAGGUUAAGUGUAUUUAAGUUCCUCUGAGGCUCUCCAAGUGGAAGUAUCUGUGAGUCCUUUUUUUUUUUUUUUUUUUUUUUUUUUAACCUGUAGGCAUUUAGCUGGCUCUUGGGACAUAGGAGAGAUGGCUGUACGAGUCUCUUCCAGCUGUCACCUCCCAUCCUCCUCACUCUCCAGGAUCAGUGACAUGGAGGAGUGUCUAGAAUGGCACUUGUCAAACCAAGGAGAAGGUGACCUAAGGAUCCCUUCAUGGGCCUCCCUCAAGCAUCUUAGUCACAGAGGGAAAGAAGAGGACAUUUUGCUUUCUACCAGGCAUUGUGCUUAUUGGGUGAAACCUAAAAUGCUUUGGGCAUAGGUGCCUGAGCACAAGCAUUUAACCACAUAAGGCUUUGUUCCUUACACUUGAAAGUUAAAGGAGAAAGGGCAGAGCCAUCUGACUCAUGUUACCACACACCAGAUCUCACUUAACACGAGUAGGCAAAUGCUUCAGAUUUUUCAAAUACAGAUGGAUUUAGUUCCAUUGAUAAAUUACUUUUUUGAUUAAAGGGUCAAAGAAGCCAGCAUUUUUGGUCACUAACUUGAAGGUGUUGUUAACUCAUGCUUGACAUAGCAUAACCUGUCUUAUAUUGAAAAAGCUUGAGAUGGGGCUGCAGAUGGCUCAGUGAGUAAAGGUGCUUGCUGCCAAGCCCGGUGACCUGAAUUUGAUCCCCUGAACCCAUGCGAUAGGAGGAGAACCAACUACUGCAAAUUGUUCAUCACAUUUGUGCAUACGUACACACACACACACACACACACACACACACACACACACACGAUAAAUAAACAAAUGUAAAAUUACAAAACCUCAGAACAGAACAAUGAGAAGCUUGCGAUGGCUUCAGUGGGUCCUCAGGAUCUGGUGUCAGUCACCCUCUGCUGUCUCUUGUCUGAGCUUCACCCAGCUGUGUCUGUGAGGGAGGAAACGAUUGUGCUUAUAGAUUUUGAGUUAAGGAAAGCCCCAAGGCCACAAAAGCCAGAAAGGAUGCUUCCCCUUUUUCACAUCUGGUAAUGUCCUGUCCUGAUGGGGCCAGCGCGGAGCAGUCAGCAGAGCCGAAGUGUGAUGCCCCUGGUCUUAGGAUGGAGCGUGUGAGGAGCCUCCAUAUGGCACGUUCCCCUCGGCUUUCCUGUGCGGGGAGCUAAGUGUCUACACAGUAAAGAUCCAAAGGCUUGUAGCCUUGUUUAAAGUUUUCAUCCUCCUGGAAAUCUUUGUUCUUCUCUAAUUAACUUUGUUUUUAUGACCAGUGUCAUCUUUUCUGCAGAGAGAAUGCUCUUAGGGCUUUACUAGGUCCAAUUAAGGAUCAUAUUUAUUAGGUAGUUGGUUGUAAUUCUAACAUAGUUUAAAAAUUAUAAGACUCAGGUUGACUCUACUGUGUUCAUAAAGAUACUUAGAUCUGACCGGUUUAAAAAUAAUCAACUUGGUAAAAUCACUCUAUUCUCUGAUCAACACAGAAUGAUUACCUGUUGUUUGCUUUCUGAAAGAGCUUCCAAAAUCAGAGCCAGUGUCUCUGGGCAGACUCAGCUCCUUAUGGUAUGCUUCCCCUGAAUCUGUAUGGUAUUGUAGCCACUCCACUAGGAAUCCUUUUGUCAGAAUAUUUGGCAGGAAAGCUGUAGAGACAGGUGCAUUCAGAACAGCCUGGGUACCAGCCAUGAGUCUGACCGAGUGUCAGAAGUCUGGAAGCACUUGCUGAGACCAAAUGUCCUCCACUGGAAAAAGCCCUCUGUGGGCUGUAAGCCUCUUGGACUCUUCCUCCUAGAUUUGGGCUUUCAUUUUCCUUCCAGUCCUCAUAAAAGAUGAAAGCCACCAUAGACCCUCACUGCUGAGUGGCGGGGAGAGUUCGCUCCCCCGUCACUGCUCCUCUGUGAUUUUAGAGGGCAGCUGCAAGUCUCUAGACUGUUAGCGUAACGUUCUGUUCCUGGUGGAGCUGGAAGCAGAUGGGCUCCAGCAGAGAAGCUAGAUCUUAGAAGGAGCACUUCUUUGAGGUCAGAGGCCAGACCAGCACUUGGAGGAAGCCCGAGUGGACGUGGAGGAUCUGCAUUGGUUGCCCAAGGCUGUAAGCAGCAGUGGCCUUAGUGGUGCAUGCUCUAAGUCCUUUUGAAGCAUUGUGCAGGGCUGUUGUUUUUCCAGGGUGAGAAGUCAGGUUUAGCUCAGAUCAACCCAUAGGAGAACCUUUGUCAGGUUGUAUUGGCAGUAUUGAAAUACAUUUGGAAAGGUUCCUGACUGAACUGGUUAUAGAACUUAAUGUCAUUUGUAAUUUACUGCACUGUUUUUAUUGAUUAUAGUAUUGUCUGACUUUUCUUCUCUGGUAUGAUUCCUUCAGCAGACAAGUUACUCUUGCACAUAUUCUGAAGUGGCUUUUCAGUCACAUCCUCCUUAGGGUAGAGACUAUUUACCAAAUGUGAAUUCUUUUAAGAAAGUGUGAAGUUAUGUAGAAAUUGACUGUGAAAUGUCAGAGAAAAAAAAAAAUAAAAGUCACUUACUUGAAAACUA